GUAAUGACAGGACUUUUAUUUUGGUGUGGUGUUGUGUUGUGACGUCAUAAGACUGCGCCGCUCUCGGUUGUGAUGCGGCUGAAGAAAGGAGAAGGUGUUCAAACUUGCAGAAAAGCUCCUGCUGAAGCGACUUGAGAUCCUCCUGACACACUGUUAUAAAGAUGGCGUUUAUUAAAGAGGAGAGUGAAGACAUGAAGAUUGAAGAAGUAUUCAGAGUCAAACAUGAAGAUACUGAGGAACAAACAGACCUGAUGGCGCUGAAAGAAGAGAGGCAAGAACUGACAAAGAUAGAAGAUCAAGAUCAAUAUGAGAGACUUGACUUCAUGACUGCGGAAACAACUUCAUCACCAAAAAAAGUUCAGAAGACCGAAUCUAACAGUUACUUAACCUGCCAUCAAUGUGGAAAGAGUUUCAAGCAAAAAUAUAACCUUCAAAUGCACAUGAAGGUUCACACUGGAGAGAAGCCUUUCAAAUGCCAUCAGUGUGGAAAGAGUUUCGCACGUAAAGAAAGUGUUAAACGCCACAUGAAUUGUCACACUGGAAUGAAGCCUUUCAUAUGCCAAGUGUGUGGAGCAUGUUUAGCACAUAAACAAAGCCUUGAUUCCCACAUGAAACAACACUCAGGAGAGAACGGUUUUACAUGUAAUCGGUGUGGAGAGAGUUUCACUUGUAAAGGAAACCUCAAAACUCAUGUGAGACUUCACACUGGAGAAAGUCCUUUUACCUGCAAUGUGUGUGGGAAGAGAUUCACAUACAAAUCACCCUUUGAUACCCACAUGAGAAGUCAUACUGGAGAGAGGCCUUUUGCCUGCAAACUGUGUGGGAAGAGCUUCUCACGCAAAUCAUCUCUUCAGAUUCACAUGGUCGUUCACACUGGAGAGAAGCCGUUUCCAUGUGAUCAGUGUGGAAAGUGUUUCAGGCAAAAAACAACCCUUGAUUCACACAUGAAAAGUCACACUGGAGAGAGUCCUUACAUCUGCAAAUUUUGUGGGAAGAGCUUCUCAAGUAAAUCGACCCUUAAUGGCCACAUGAGAAAUCACACAGGAGAGAAGCCCUUCAACUGCAAAGUGUGUGGGAAGAGCUUCACACUAAAUGGAACUCUUAAGAUUCACAUGACAACUCACACAGGAGAGAAGCCUUUCAUGUGUGCUCAGUGUGGAAAAUGUUUUGCGCGAGAAACAACCCUUACUUACCACAUGGGGCUUCACUCAAAGGAGUAUAAAUGUCAUCAGUGUGGACAGAGAUUCCCAGACAAGAGACACCUUACCUGGCAUGAAAGAAUUCAUUCUCGAGAGACUUUCACGUGCCAUGACUGUGGAAAGAGUUUCAGAUUUAAAGGACACUUUAAGGUUCACAUGAGAAUCCACACUGGAGAGAAACCCUUCACCUGCACUCACUGUGGAAAGAGUUUCAGUCAGAACAUAACUCUUCAGAUUCAUACGAGGCUUCACACUGGAGAGAAACCUUUCACGUGUCUUCGGUGUAAGAGGAGCUUCACAUAUAAAAGAGACCUGAAACGUCAUUUGCAAACGCAUGGAAAGAAACUGCGGUGCUCUGCGAGUGGAAAGAGGCCUAGAAAAAGGAGCAGUUUGAAAAAUCAAAAGCAUGUUCGCUCUGGAGGAAGGCAGUUUAAUUGUGAUCAGUGUAAUAAAACAUUUCUUUUGCCAUCACACUUACAGAUACACCUGAAAAGUCAUGCAAAUGUGAAACCAUAUUUGUGUUCUUCAUGUGGAAAGCGUUUUAAAUGGCUCAGUAGUUUAAAAUGGCACCAGAAAAUACGCAUCUGUGUGAAACUAAAGCUCCGUUCACACCGCAGCCAAAAGUGACCCAAAUCUGAUCAUCCACCCUCAAGACUAUUUGCAUUCUUCUCCUCUAGAUAGACUCUUCUGCAUUUUUAACCGCUGUGUAUGUGACCAUCUGCUUUGCUAUAAUUCAGUAUGAUUCAAUUUUGGUUUGUUGCAGGACACACCUUUGUGAAUAUGAAAUUCAUCUUUGAAACUUUACAGAUACUUAAAUUCACAAAUUUCACAAUUAAAUGUCAUUAUUAUAAGUGCCGUUAUUGUUAAGUUAGUUCAUUGUAAAGUUCAUUAGUUAUGAAACUCAAUUUACAAUUUUACAUACGUUUUUAACAACCAGAUGCAUUUUCACUUGUCCAGUUUUGUCUGAAAUGCGGUCCAGACCACCUCCUGAGGGUUUGAGCGAUCGGAUUUAAAUCCGUCUUAAAAGCAUGUUGGAGGGCAUUUACACCAGGGCCCGUAUUCAUGAAAAAUCUUUCCCCUUAAAAUUAAAGAAAAGAUCCUAGUAAAGAAAAAAGUAAUUCAGAAAGCAUCUUAACCCUUAAAAGAGGUCUUAAGGUCCAAAAUUGUUAGGAGUACGGACGAGGACUUUUAAGGGGCUUAAGAGUUUCUUUAGCUGUGGAGAAAAUGGCUGAAAUACUAAGAAGGAGAAGAAAUGUGUUGCAGACAAUGGAUGACAGUGAAUUAGUAAAACGCUACAGAUUAGAUCAUGCAGGGAUCGUGUUUGUGACCAGUCUUAUUAGAGAAAAACUAACAUCUCCGACACAGCGCAGAAAUGCCAUAGCGCAAGAAAUGAAAGUAAUCACGACAUUAAGAUAUUUGGCAACUGGGAAAAUGCAAAUAUGCAGCAGUGAUGAUUUGGGUCUGUCACAACCUUCUGUAAGCAGAGUGAUCACACAGACAAUUACAGCGCUUUCAGAUCCUUUUAUUGUUUCGCAGUUCUUUGCGUUUCCACAGGACAUUCUCACCUUGCAGGCUCAAAAAACAGCAUUUAUGCAUAUAGCAGGCUUCCCCGGUGUUGUUGGAGCAAUUGAUGGAACCCAUGUCCGAAUUAUUGCACCAUCAGAAGAUGAGGAUGUUAUGUAUAUAGAAAGAGGUACCAUAGCAUAAACAAGUUGUUUUCAGUGCUGAUUAUAGGAUUUUAGACAUUGUUGCGAAAUGGCCCGGUGCAACACAUGAUGCCAGGAUACUGGCAAAGAGUGGCCUGAGACAUCUGUUUGAAGAACAUCAUGUUCCAGCAAAUUGCCACUUGUUAGGGGACAGUGGUUAUCCCUGUAAACCAUGGCUCCUCACACCUUACCUCCGUCCUGACCAGGGGCCACAGUUAAAUUAAAUUAUAACAGGUAUUAGUGAUAAUGUACAAUUAAUAUGUGUGGACUUCAAAUUAAGAGAAAAACAAAUGUGUUGCAGUAUCAUAGUAUGCUACUGUACUUCCCCUAAAUAGCCUACUGCUAUGUAUUGAGAAUAUAGACUGAAUUCUAUUUGUUUUUAUUAUUUCACAGAGCUCACAAAAAAACACGGGCCAUAGUUGAGCGAGGUAUUGGUCAGUUAAAGAGACGCUUUCACAUUUUGCAUGGAGAGGUGCGACUGGCACCGGGAAAGGUCUGCAAAGUGAUAACGGCCUGUGCAGUGCUUCAUAACAUUUGUAAAGCCAGACAAAUUGCAGACCCUCCCGCGGACAAUCAGACUGAUGAAGAGGAUGAUGAAGAACACCCUCCACAAGGGAGGGAUCUGUCCCAAAGUGGGAUUCCUUACAGAGCCCAAUUUACUAAUUUGCAUUUCAGGAAAGUUACAGUGAAUGCAAUAUAAAAACCAUGACCACACUGAAAAGAAACACCUUAGCCAAAAUGUUUGUUAAAACAAUAUUAUGAAGACACACAAAUGCCCAUUAUUUGUUAUUUUUAUUUUUUAGUAGCUCAAUUUGUAAUUUGUAGUACUCCUCCUGUAAUAGAGUACUAUUUUCUGCUGCUUUAGGACAUCCAUCUCCAUCUCAAGUUAUUUGUCCAUUAGGGAUUGUGUUGGAGCAGCUGCAGCAGCAGCAGAAGGCGGGGAAUGAGGUGCUUCGGGACGAGGGUAGCCCAGUUGCGAUGUUGACGGUCCACAUUCCUCGGCUGAAGGCUCGGUGCUGCCGAAAGGGGAACACAUUUAAUCUCUGUUAUUUAAUUCAUUUUGUGACAUAUUUGUUUUUGUUCUGUUUAUAGAAUGCCAGGUAGAAUAUGAGAAAUGGCAUUAUAUGUUAAAUAAAAAUGGAUCAUGGUAAAUAAAAAAUAAAGAAUAUACAGUGGGGCAAAAAAGUAUUUAGU